GAUCGGUUGCCCGACGCCAUUUAUACAUACACAGAUCGAGAGUGGGGAUAGUCGCUUAAUUGUGUGACGUGACUUGAAAAGCCAAUUUUUGUGAAGUUAAAAAGCAAAAACAAAGUGUUUGAACAUCAAUUUAAAUAAUCGAUCGUUGCCUUUUACCAGGGCAACACGUAUCAGACGUGCUUAAUACUAUAUACAUCCAGCAUACAUAUAUAUACAUAUAUAUAUAUAAACACAGUCUAGCAAUGGCUGAUAGCGUUGCACUUAACGGGUUGGUGACCAGACGACCAAAAGCAGUGGAGCUCCACUUUAAACAGGUUUGCUAUAGGCUAAAGGGCAAAGACAAAGACUCCAAGACACAAAUUCUGAAUGAGACUUGUGGUGCUUUUCGAUCCGGUUGCUUGACCGCUAUUCUGGGUCCCUCCGGUGCCGGCAAAACCACACUCUUAAACAUCUUGGCUGGUUUCAAAGUCAGCGGUGUUUCGGGUGAAUUUCUGCUCAAUGGCGAGCAGAGGGAUCUGCUCGCCUUUCGCAAGAUGUCCUCCUACAUAGCCCAGAAAUUUGUAAUGCUUACGCUGCUAACGGUAGAGGAAACCAUUCGUGUCUCCGCAGAUUUGAAGCUGCCAACAACCACAACCACACAGCAAAAGCAACAAAUUCUGGAUAACAUUAUCGAGGUGCUCAAUCUGCAUUCGUGCCGUCACACACUGGUGCGUGAUAUAUCCGGCGGGGAGCACAAGCGUCUGUCGAUGGGCAUUGAGCUGAUCACGAAUCCGCCGAUAAUGUUCUUUGAUGAGCCCACCAGUGGCUUGGAUUCGGCCUCCAGCUAUCAGGUCAUGUGCCACUUGCAGCGUUUGGCCCACGAUGGUCGGAUUGUGGUUUGUGUGGUGCAUCAGCCCAGUUCGCGUCUGAUGCAGCUCUUCGAUGAUGUCCUCGUGCUGGCCAACGGUGAGGUCCUCUAUGCGGGCGCACAGCGCGAUAUGUUGGCCAGCUUCAGGGAGGCCGGCUUCAGCUGUCCCCAGUACUACAAUCCGUCCGAUUUUGUUCUGGAAGUAUGCAGCGAGUCCUCCAAUGAGCGCUGCGAGUUCCUCAUUAACCAAAACAAGUCCAAAUACAAUGGUCUACAGAGUUUCAAAAAAGUUUCUGGCGAUGAGCAGACAGCGCUCAUUGAGAUGCCCGAUUCCAGCGCCGAAAAUGAUAGUGUCCUGCGGCCCAAGGAGCUCGUGGGCUUCUGGUAUCAGUUGCGCGUCCUCAUGAUAAGAUCUCUGCGUUCCAUGCUCAGGGAUCGGAUCGCCGUACAGAUGCGGGUGCUAAUGCACGUGAUUGUGGCCCUGCUGCUGGGCGUUGUCUAUUGGCAGAUUGGCAACGAUGCCGCCAAGGUGAUCAGCAAUGUAUCCUGCCAGUUUUUCGUCAUACUCUUUCUGUUCUGCGGCAAUGCGAUGCCAUCCAUAUUGCUCUGCAUGAACGAUGCACCAGUGUUUAUUCGGGAAUACUACAAUGGCUGGUAUUCGCUGAGGGCAUACUAUAUAUCCAAGGUGCUGGCGGAUUUGCCAUUGCAGAUGAUCUGUCCAAUGGCAUUUAUAAGCAUUAGUUAUUUUAUGACCGGACAACCGCCGGAAUUUAAUCGGUUUGCCAUGUGCUGUAUGAUCAGCCUGCUGACCGCGUUCAUUGGACACUUUAUUGGGGUGAUCGGUGGCACCUUGCUGUCCUUGCAGACGGCCAUCUUUUUGGUGCCGGCGCUCUCCAUUCCGUUUAUGCUGUUCUCUGGAUUUUUCAUCAGAAUGGGCGAGCUGUCCUGGUUUCUGCGACCGCUUUGUGAUGUGUCCUUUUUCCGCUACAUCUUCGAGGGUUUCGUGCGCGCCAUUUACGGCUAUAAUCGGGAAGAUUUGCCAUGCCAUCAGGCCUUCUGUUAUCACAAGAAACCGGAGCAGUUCCUCCAGGAUUUUGAGAUGACUGGCGAUGCGUUCAGUGUGGAUAUCGCCGCACUGGGACUAUGUUUGCUGCUGCUCCUGAUCUCAUUCUAUGUCGCCCUGCAUGUCUGCAUUCGACGCGUCCUGUGAGAGCCUUCAUUUAGCUUAUAUACAUAUCGAUAGCUUUAUUUAAAUAAUGAGACAGGUUGUCUAACAUGGACUAAGUAUGUGAAUUUUGAGCUAAAUCUUCCUAAAAUAAUAUUAUCUUACUUAAAAUAAUACGAAUCUUGUUAAUUCAAGAAUUCUAGUACAACAUGCUAAUAACUACCUUCAGCAUUGUUACUUAUCUACACACAUAUAGUACAAUUGUUUAAGUUUUUUACACAAAACAAAUAGAUAGAAAUACAUAUUUGAGUAAAUGCAAAGAAAUA